AUGGCGCCUAAGGUCCGUUCCGCCAACCAGGAAGUUUCGCUCGGCCCCAACGUCGAUGACGGCAAGAUCGUUUUCGGUGUUGCCCACAUCUACGCCAGCUUCAACGAUACCUUUGUCCAUGUGACUGAUCUUACCGGCAAGGAAACCAUCGUCCGUGUGACUGGUGGUAUGAAGGUCAAGGCUGACCGUGACGAGUCGUCUCCUUACGCUGCUAUGCUUGCUGCCCAGGACUGUGCUGCUCGCUGCAAGGAGGUCGGUAUCACUGCUGUGCACAUCCGCAUUCGUGCCACCGGUGGUGUCGGUUCGAAGACCCCCGGCCCGGGUGCUCAGAGCGCUCUGCGUGCGCUUGCCCGUGCUGGCAUGCGCAUUGGUCGCAUUGAGGACGUGACGCCGGUCCCGUCCGACUCGACUCGCCGCAAGGGUGGUCGCCGUGGUCGCCGUCUGUAA